AUGCAAAUUACAGAACUUCGACGAACUCAAAUGGGUGAUUUCGGAUGGUUGGCAGAAGUUUGGAAAUUUGGUUUGGCAGCUGAAGUGUUGAAAUUUGGUGUCAUAACCGCACCUGCGGCUAGGGGACCGCAGGUGCGGUCUCGUAGAAGCGAAAAGGGAGCCGCAGAUGCGUCCAAGUGGAAGUUUGGCAGAACCGUAGAAGCGGUAGAAGAACUGCACCUGUGGUGUCGCAGAUUCAGGCGCAUCAGGUCUUGCUGGCGAAGGUUGAGAGCUUCCAGCAGAUUCCAGAGUUCGCGAGAGGGUGAUCAAUUUAUGGUACCCCAAACCAAUGCAUUUGGCCAUAAUUUUAGGGACUACAAUAAUGCAGAAAGUGCAAGGCAACAAGGGGUAGAAAAUUUCUACAAAACACAACACAUACAUCAAACCUAUGACUUUGUCAAGAAAAUGAGACAAGAGUAUGCAAAUUUUAACAAGGCACAAAUGAGCAUAUGGGAAUGUUGCGAAUUACUCAACGAUGUUGUCGAUGACAGUGAUCCAGAUUUAGACGAGCCCCAAAUUCAACAUUUGUUACAAAACGACCGUCCGGGUCAUCACAAAAGUGCUGAAGCCAUUAGAAAAGAUUAUCCAAAUCAAGAUUGGCUUCAUUUAAUUGCCCUAAUUCAUGACUUAGGUAAAAUUCUUGUUUUACCUAAGUUUGGAGGACUUCCUCAAUGGGCAGUUGUAGGUGACACAUUCCCUGUUGGAUGUGCAUUUGAUGAAUCAAUUAUUCAUCAUAAAUACUUCAAAGAAAAUCAAGAUUUUAAAAACCCAAUUUACAACACUAAAAAUGGAGUUUAUUUUGAGGGUUGUGGACUAGAAAAUGUUAUGAUGCCAUGGGGUCAUGAUGAUUAUAUGUACAUGGUUGCAAAAGAGAAUGGUAUAACAUUGCCAUCAGCUGGUUUUUUUAUCAUAAGAUAUCAUUCAUUUUAUCCAUUGCAUAAAUCUGGAGCUUACAAACAUUUAAUGAAUGAAGAAGAUAAGGAGAAUUUGAAGUGGCUUCAUAUUUUUAACAAAUAUGUUUUGUAUAGCAAAAGUAAAGUUAGGGUUAAUGUGGAAGAAGUCAAGCCUUACUACCUGUCUCUCAUUGGAAAAUAUUUCCUAGCAAAGCUAAGGUGGUGA